AUGUCCACGCGAAACCAGUCAACAAACUCGUCGUCCAAUAGCAACGGGGAUUUUAAUCUGUCGGUGGAGGACUACCGUCCCAACCGGGGGACUGUGGCAGAUGUAGUCAAGCUGAUCCUGGACCAGGUGUCGCUAAGUUUGCUAAACGCGCGCCGGCUAGCCGGGUUGUCCUCGGGUAUCCCCACGUGGGAAGACCUGAUGGCCGUGUGGCGGCGUCACGGGAGGACCCAGGUAAGAGCGGAGAGGGGCACCCAAACGUCACCGACGACCACACCCACCGCGGAGCUCCCGACACGGUCCGAGCGGACGCCGGAGGCGAAACCAGUUGACGGACGAGCACUGGCCAAGUGGGCCGUAGAGGCGACCCACCAGGAGCUGAUGGCACAUCCUCUGAUCCAGAUCGCCCUGGACCGGGGAGUGGUGAGACGCCCUCCAGCAAGGCACCCGGAACCCCGACGACUGACGAGGAAGCCGCCGACCGUCGACACCAGGAACACCAGGGUCGUGGGGACGAAGGCCGACCUCAAACAGAGAGGGACGCGACGCGACGAACCGACGGUGGCCGACCUGAUAAACCUGGACACGGACGAGGAAGAGUUCCUCCAACUCCGGGUAGGCGCCCAGGAGCUUCCGGAUGUGGACAUGCUGUCGGGACUGCCGGACAGCGACGACGAAACCAUUUUUGUUCUGUCCGCGUUACAACCAAUUACCACCGAUUGUAAUAACUAG